AGACGCGCGGAACUUUACUCAGGAAGUGCACUGUUUGAUUUCUGGUGCGUUGUAUCUAAAUGAAAGAAAGUCUGAAAACUUCAAUUUGAGAAGUUGUUUGAGAUUUUAAGGAAUAGAAAAAGUUAAUAAUGUCGGCUGGUUCAGAGUCGACACAUGUAUCGUCGCUUGGGAAGGGUGACAGUUUGCAUCAACAGGGUAAGAAAACCAUCUCUCUGUUGCUCAGGGAUCACGUCAGUCCAAUAAUAGGGGAAUGUCACACUUAAAACAUGUAUGCAAGAAUUAGAUGUUGAUUUAGACGUUUACAUAAGCGAGUGGAUUAAAAAAAGAGAGAAUUUAGUUCUCGGGAGUUUUCUGCUGUUGUUGUCCUUGCAGUGAUUCGGAUUUGCUAUUUCUAAUAAAUACGUCGAUGUUUUUUUUCCACAGUUCUUGCCUCUUUUCCUCUGUCCGACAUGACGGAGGAGGAUUUGACCCAGAACCCUCAGUUCUGCAAGCUCCUGGCUACCCUGUCACAACAUGUAGACCGAACUGGACUCACUGUCCCUCUGAAGACGGAGCUGGAUAAGGUAUCAGCUGUGACCCUUUUUCAUGUCAGCUUCGCUUUUGCAACAAACAUGCUGUCUUUUACCAAUGUGCAGCUAUACCUGAUGCAUUUCAAAGUGAAUGUGAACGUGGAUAGAUGGUCCCGGUACUCGAGUUAUCCCUCCAUACUUACUCAACGAAGUAUCGACCUCUACUGGUUAAAAGGAAGAACUGCAACAACAGAGACAGGAUCCUGUUCCCACUCCACAGUUCUGACUCUGUUAGGGUAGUCUUACCCAUUAAAAGCAACUGUUCUUUUUUUUUCUCCAGGCUGAGCAGAAACUGCAAAACCAGAGACAUCACUGGCUGCAAUCUGAGAGUCUUUACAAAGGACUUCAGGAGAUGGUCCAGGAUCAUUGUAUAAGAAAGCACCAUACCACUGUUCCCCCUGACCAGAACAUGGUACAGUUAUUUUGCAUAUUCAUUAAUUUGAAUAACUAAAAAAUGCAUUGAUAGCUGUGAGUUACUCAGAGACAGACAUAUAUUCUGGGGUGUUGUGUAAAUUGUUGAUAAAAACAGAAUUUGAUGGUUUAAAAUCAUUGAAAGCCUGUAUUUAAUUGAAAACAGUACAAGCACAACAUAUCAAAUGUUGAAACUGAAAAAAAAAAAGUUUUCUUAUAUGCAUAUUUUGAGUAUACAUUCAGCAAGACCUUUGAAAAUGGUUUGGACAUGUAUAGUGUUUAUGGUAAGUUUAGUGUACUUAAGGUCUUUCUUGAAAAAGUAAUGUCUGGAUAGCAGCAUGUGUGUCAAAACCAAUUUAUCAGUCAGGAGUAAUGGUAUUUUUCCAGAUGUAUAACCACACCAUGCAAUGGGCACUUAUGCAUCCCCCAACCUUCCCUGUUAUACCCUCUAUGAUUUCCAAAAGAAUGUUAAUUCUCAAGAUAGAAUCAAGAUUGACUCUAGGCCUUAGCCAUCUUACACUGGCUGAGGCUGAGAGAAGCUGGCGGUGUUUCUGGAUUGUGUAUAUUUAUGGUUUCCUCUUAGCAUGGUCAGCUUUAACCUGCAUUUGUCAAUGCACUGCCAAAGUGUGUGCACAGACAAUGGUCUGGAUCUGAUUGUAAGUCCAUGCAGUGAUUUCCACUUCACAGUCAUGUCUGUUUUUCAUGCGGCAGCACCCUCAGAUCAUGGCCAUGCCAUGUCAGUUACUAGCCUCGUCUUUCUUGAGCGGUUUCCCCAAAUUAUGUUAAUCUUUUAAUGAUAUUGUGACCAAAGUUGAUAAAAACCCUAAUUUUUUUGCAAUUUUGAUCUUAUAAAUAUUAUUCUGGAAUAUAUAUAUUUUUUUUCUCCGCCAGAGUCUCUCACACAGUGGUGAACCUCCUCCCAGCUUUACUUAUGAUAGAUUCAGCGGCUCAGGAAAGACCCAUUUAUACCCACACAUGUUACGAACCUGUAGCAAGUCAAUGUAAUCAGUUGUAACAUAUUCCUCAAGUAGUUUUUUUAGCAUGACAGAACUGUCCCUGUGUUUUAAAACAUUCUGCUGGCAUCAAAAUGAGUAUUUGAAUGAGUCAUUAUUUUUUGCAAAUAAUGACAUUUUUCAGUUUCAAAAUUUGAUUUGUUGUCUUCGAACUAUUACAGUUUAACAUAGACGUUAAAUGAUUUUCAAACCUUCAAAUUUUAUUUUAUUUACAUUUUACACUGCAUCCUAACUCUUACAGAAUAUGGGUUGUAAAUCUGGGUGAAAAAAAUCUGCACUGAGCAACUUUUUGAAUGACUGGAAAUGAAAUAAAUGUUUUGAUAUACAGUAUAUCACAUUAACUGUUUUUGUGUGUCCCUUGUGUGUAGUUCUAUGAGACAGUGGAGAAGUGCCUGCUGGUGUCUCAGUGUGUCAGACAGCUGGAUCCCAGCACCACCACCAGCCAGGAUCAGCCCUCUGUUCUGGGUCUGAGCCCCAAACAGGUGAUGGAGCUCAUGCCAUCAGAGAAGGUGAGUCAUAAAAUUAACCCUCGUGCAUAUUACUUUUGCAGCAAAAUAUACCAAAAUGCUGCUUUUAUUAACCAACAAUGCCAUAUUUAUCGAUGACAGAAUGUACAGAGGAUGAGACAGAGACUUCCAGUCGAACUGGAGAAACAUCUGAAGAAAAAGUCUUUGAGCCUCCUCUCCUACUAUCAACCUGAAUGGGGUACAGAGUCGAAAUGCUUAUUUGACCCUCUUUGUAUAUCAUGUAAUUGUUCUUCAUGAUGACCUGGAUUUUGUUUUGUACCACUCAGAGAGUGAGAGUGAGGGCCUGAAGACUAUAAAGCUGUCUCAUCUGUCAGCUCAGCUGGACAAAGAGAAGAAAAGAGCAGAGAAUGUGAAGGAAACCUGCCGGGAAAACACAGUUCUUCUGCAGAGACAGACUCAACUCUACCUCUCUGUCAGCUUUUACAAUAUUUUUACAAGAAGCAAUCAUUGAAAACAUAAACAUAAUCAUUUAUGUUACAAUGUUUGAUUAAUGAUGUUUUUCCUCCCCCCAUGACCUGUGUCCAGGAGCUAAUUAAGUGUAUCCAGCUUCUCCAGACCCUCAUCUUGGACCAUAGGCUGAAGAUCCAGACAGAUUUAGACAAGAAGAAGUUGGACUACUUUGAGGGGAAAUUUGAAUUAGUCUUUCAAAAAAUCAAGUAAGGACUUUUUAAUACUUUUGCUUCUAGGUUUUUCUUAUCAGAGCUGUAUGCAUUUUUGUAACCUAUGUUUUCUUUCCUUCCUUUCAAGGACUGAGAUGGUGGAAAUUCAGCUUGACACAUAUACAGUGGACUCAAUAUCAGCCCAUAGGAAAAUAAGGCAAAAAGCUUUUUGUCCAUUUGUGGCUUCUUAUUCCCUUGUUAUUGAAAUAAAAUAAAUCUAAUAUCAUUCUGUCUUUGUGUUUCAUUUCAGAGAGAAGCUGGAGUCUGAGCUGAAAGCCCGUCAGGCGGAGAAGCAGUCUGUUGAGUCGAAACUUGCCUCCUUUAAGAUCUUGGGCAAAGAGUUUGAAACUCUGGCUGAGGAGUACUGCAGAUUACGGCAGGAGAUAGAAAUGAAAAACUGGGCUCUGAAGGAGUUCACCCAGUACAGUAACAAGUGAAGAUCAUAUCUGAAGCUGGGAUAACAACCAGCCAGUCCCUUUUCUGCAUGCCAUCCUCCUCGCUGAUAAUGGUAUGCAGGCUUUGUAGACUUCUGACUCAAGAAUUUUGCAGAAGUAAACACUCCCUUUGGAGCUCUAAACUUAGAAAUGUUUUUUAAACCUUGGUUAAUACAGUUCAACUAAAACUGUCCAGUUUCUCCAAAGCGUUGCUCAUCCGAAUCAUUUUUUCCUCCAUUUUCUACAUUAAACUCAUUUAAGUUAAAAGGUACCUUUGCUCAAAAAUAGCUUCCUGGUUUGCAGAGGUGGCAACAAAAAGUUUAACUGACUUAUGUCACCUGAAACAUCAAACUGAAGGUGUAUUUUUGUAGAUUUGACUGAAGUUUAGAUAUGUUGUCACCACACUGUGACAUACUUGUAUAUCAGGAAAAUGGGCAAUCCAUUGUGAAGUGCUGGGAGUGGAUUAGUGCAUUGUGAAGAUUUUGUCUCGUGAAAAAUACAAGAUUCAAUAAAGGAUUGACAUCUCUUAAA